UCUCUUAGUUGCGGGUAAUAGCGUGGCUUUCAGCCACCCCGCUGUAGCAAAUUUGCAGCAACCUCUGAGUCGGUAUAAAAGUUAUAGUAGAAACAGGACUUAAAAAGAAAAGUCAGGAGAAGAAUACCUCGCCUCGGACCUGCAAGCGGCACUCGCUCAGAGAAGGCGUGGGAGUAACUGAUUACGCCACUCCUUCCUAAAACAAAAUGGCUGACAUGAUGUCUCUCCUGCCCCAUUUCGUAUUAGAGAGAAUAUUCAUAUACACAAGUUUUAAAGACCUCAUAAGAUGUAGUAUGGUAUGUAAGAAGUGGUACAGUCUCCUCAGUGACGAAGACUCCAUCAUUUGGCGAUCCAAAUUCGAAGACGCGGGCACAAGACAUUUCAGAAACUCAAAACACUUCUCAGAGCUACAGACCUUUAGAUCCAAAGCCCUCGCUUAUGAGUGCGCUUGGAAUGGACAGGGCACUUCCAAGAACAUAUACAUCAAGGACGACUGCCUAACUCUACAUAGAAAACCAGUGGCCCAAUCAUCGGAUGGUAUAAGAGGAAAGACAGGGUUUCUAAGAGGACAGCAUUACUUUGUCGUCAUAUUUCAAGGUCCUAGUUUCGGCUCUGCGGCUCUAGUGGGCGUGUGUACAAAUGUUAAUUUAAAAGACAAAUAAAUAAAAACAGAAAUUGUCAUAAGUACAGGAAUUGGAACAUUUUCAUCAUCAUCCAGCAUUAUAAU